UAUUCACUGCCCUACCCUACUUCCCUAUCUCCCCCGCGGACCCAAUUCCAACAAUCGGAAUUUUUUUUCCUGAACUUUUUCUUCUCCUCACACCACUUUUUUCUCUCCACAACCGACCUCGAACUGUGCAGUGUAUUCCCCUUGUCCUGCUGAACCGAUUGAUUGAUUGUCCCAGGCUAAUUAGUUAUUUGCUUCUCAUUCCUAGUCGAAUAUGUCCUGAUUCCCGUUUCCGGAAGUCGCCGCCGUUGUCGCCGCUGUAAUGCACGCAGUUCCCUGACCUGACCUUACCUUGACCAUAUUUUGUAUAUUGAUUGACUCGUACAUACAUCAUCUCUGUUUAUAUCGCAAAAACAACCAAAAUGGACCCUGUCGUCCAGCGCGAGCUCUCCCAGCUCGACCCCGCGGUGUCCUUCCGCGCCUCGAUGGACCACCUCCACCACACCUGGGCGAAGACCUUCUUCUCGCGACCAGAGCUCUACGUCCGCCCGCAAUCUAUCCCCGAGAUCCAGAAACUUGUCACCCUCGCGCGCCGCUGCCGUCGUCGUCUCGUGGUCGUGGGCAGCGGCCACUCGCCCUCCGACCUCACCUGUACGUCAUCCUGGCUGGUGAACCUGGACGGUUUCAACCGCAUCCUGGACCUGGAUACUGAAACGAGUGUUGUGACCGUCGAGGCGGGUAUUCGGCUAUGGCAGCUUGGCGAGGAACUUGAGGAAUAUGGAUUGACGUUGUCGAAUCUGGGCAGUAUUGAUAGCCAGUCGAUUGCGGGGGUGAUUGCGACGGGUACGCACGGCAGCUCGAUGCAGCAUGGAUUGUUGUCGGAGUGUAUUUUGUCGUUGACUUUGAUGCUCGCGAAUGGGCAGCUGGUGCGCUGCAGUCCCGAUACGAACCAGGCGUUGUUCCGGGCGGCGCUGGUUUCGCUGGGUGCCUUGGGUAUUGUCGUUGAGGUGACUUUCCAGGCGGAACCGACAUUCAAGGUCGCGUGGCAGCAGCGCAGACGGCCGUUGUCGCGUGUACUCGCUGAUUGGUCUAAUGGAUUGUGGACGUCGCAUGAGUUUGUUCGGGUUUGGUGGUUGCCGUAUGAGAAGAGUGCGAUUGUCUGGCAUGCGGAUAAGUCUGAUCUGCCUGAGAUUGAACCGCCCAGCUCUUUCUAUGAACAGACGCUGGGUCACCAUGUCUACCACAACUUGCUGGCGUUGUCGAAUUACUUCCCGCGCAUUCUGCCCUGGGUCGAGUGGCUUGUAUUUGGAUUGCAGUAUGGUUUCAAGGCGGAAUCUGAUGUUACGGAGGCGGUUCAGCCGGCGCGCAAGGGUCUGCUCAUGAACUGCUUGUACUCGCAGUUCGUCAACGAGUGGGCUCUGCCUUUGGAUAAGGGUCCGGAGGCCAUAAUCCGUCUGUCUGCCUGGCUCCACGGCGACGUUGAAACGGCUCGCAUUCCCUUCCCCGUGGAAGGUGUCUGGGUUCACUGCCCCGUCGAAGUGCGAGUCACCAAUUCAACGUUGAACAAGAACCCCCGUCCGUUCCUGGACCCUACCAGCCGUGACAGCCCCACUCUGUAUCUCAACGCAACCCUCUACCGUCCGUACCUGCGCGACCCGCCCUGCAGAGCCCGCUACUACGAAGCCUUCGAAUGGCUCAUGCGCGAAAUGGGCGCCAAACCACACUGGGCCAAGAACUUCACCGCGAGCAGCAACCAGGAGCUGCGCGCAUUGUACGGCGAGGACAUGGAUGAAUGGCUCAAGGUCCGCCAGGAAGUCGACCCCGAUGGCAUGUUCCUCGGCGAAUGGCACUACCGCAACCUGCCACUUUCCGCUACGGCUGAUACCGAAGAUGACACUGAAAUUCGCAGCAGACCGGAUAUCAACGCCCUCCCUCUCCUAGAGCGCGAGGUCAUCCGUCGCCACGCGGGAUUCGAGGGCGCUGGUGACGGUGUCGAAUGGAUCGGUGAUAAGCGGUGGCAGGAGGUGUCUGAUGAAGAGCAGGUGCAGCGCCGCCGUCGACAGAAUGUCGCUGUAAUGGAUGAGUCGGAGGAAAAGAGGUUCUUUGAGUACGAGACCAGUGAGACCGGCACGGUGGCUAGUGAGGAGAGCUUUGAUUUGAUGGCUGCCGGGGAGGCGAGUAUUACUCUUCCUGAGCGAGUUCAUGAUCCAUGAAUAGACCAUGCAGUACGAUACAUGAUACAUGAUAUUGAUGACAAAAAUGACAAGAAACGCAUUGUAACCUUUUUCUUUUCUUUUUCUUUGAUAUCCCUGGAGGUAUACAACCUGGGCAGGGGUAUUGAUAGUCUACCGCCAUAGCCGGGGGGAAAAUGAACUAGGUUUAUCCUUCGUAUUCCAACAACGGGGUUUUCUUUCUUAUUCGCCGGUCAUCCUUUGUUUAUUUGACUCGAGGUUCAGACGUUGUACAUUAAUAUCCGAAUAGAAAUGCAAGUAAUCACUUAUCCCG